GCUUCCAGCUAGACGCACCCUCCCUUUCUCGUAUGCCGCAAGUGCCGCAUCGCAUUGCGAGCAUCGACCUUCCCCCCUGUGCGCCGAAUGGCAGUUCCGCUUGGCGGCGUUGCGCUGCGCAUAUUCGGCUCCCGUCCGCCAUGCCUGCACCUCCCCUCCUCCUCCGUCCCCAGCGGGCUUGCGCGCCAGAUUUCCGCCUGCGCGCUUGCGCUCAUUCAGUGCCUUGCGCCUGCCCUCAUCCUCCAUGCCGCAGAGUUUCACCGGGCCCAACGCGCGCCUGCGCGCCUGGCUUCCUCCUCUAUCUCCGCCUUUUGCGCUCAUCGUGCGCGCGUCCGCCCAUCACCACCCUGCGCGUGUCCGCCCGGUCUGCAAGCAGCGGUUACCAGGAGAGCGAUCUCCCGCCUCUCACUGGCGAGUGUCCAGAGUCCUCCGUCCUCGGGAGCACGCCAGGACGCCAGCGGUCGGGACUGUUGGCUCAGGGCGGACUGGGUAGCGUGCUGUUUGGGGGACCGGCGGACGACACACGCUAGUGUUCCAGAUCCAUCGACGCGAGACGAGCGCUGGUGAUUGUGGAGAGAUGUGAAACUGGGUGAAAGAUUCUAGAGAACUGGAACUGGGUGACCACAGUCAGACGACCUGGGUGACCAGCGGAACCGGAACUGGGCGACACAGUCAGACGACCUAACUAGUCGUUUCUCGCGUGGGCAUUGAAUCCACCUGGGCGUCUGUGUGGGCAUGGAUGCAAUGGCGACGACUGAGACUUGUCAGGAAGCAUCUCAGAUGACUCGGGAUCAUCAUGAGAGCACGGUGAUCCCGACUGAGAGCACGGUGACGGUGGGCAUUCUGUCCAAGUGGGUGCACAUCGGCCGUGGGUGGGCUUCGAGGCUCUUCGUGCUACGGCAGCAUCAUCUCCUGUACUUUAAGCUCCGCGGCGAAUCAACGGCUGUGAUGAUCCGGAAGCUCCGGCAGCGCUACGAUCGCGUUGCUUUUAUAGGGAGGGGCGUGGCGGACCUGGUUGGUGACUACAGCGAAAGGGUUGCUAACCAGGGGGGUCAGCAAGGGGUAGGAGGGCGGGAGUGCGGUUGUGAGAGUGAGGGAACCACAUGGCGAGACGUAGCGCACGAGGAGCAGCAGCAUCCCUCGAACGAGCAGCAGCAACAGAGGUCGCGGGAUGAAAGCGAGGAUGAUGAGGAGGAGAGGGGGGGGAAGGAGGAGGAGGAGGGCAAGGGAGAGGAGAUGGGGCAGGAGGAGCGGGAAGGGAAGGGAGAGGGAGAGGAGGGGGAGGAGGGAUGGAGGAGGGAAAGGGAAGAGGGGAGGCGAGAGGAGGAGGUAAGGGAGGGGCGAGAGGGGAGCAUGGAUGAAAAUGAAGAAGAUGUGGCGCGGGUACCGAUGAGGGUACUGCCAUCACGGCUGAGAAAGGAGAUUCUGGGUAUCGACGAAAAACAGGGCUCGGCUGACGAUAGGGUUACCAUCGAUGAAAGGAGGUCGUUUUCGCCUGCCAGAGUUUAUGGUGAGGGUUACCAUGCGAGUGGCGAGGCUGCUGCUGCUGCUGCUGCUGCUGCUGCUGCUGAGGGGAGGGAUGAUGAGGAUCCUAUCUUGGAGACUAGGCGGGAAGACGAACGCGAGAUGCUGCCAGUUUCCCAACAUGAUCCCCACAGUGAUCCACGUCAUCGCCUUGACAGUCCACGUCAGCAUCUUCACAGUCCACGUCAGCAUCUUCACAGUCCACCCUACCAUCAUCACCAUCGCCAUCAUCAGCACCACCACCACAGGCUCAAGCUGAGGGCUCCCAGCGUUCUGAGAACGUCGCCCCUCACCCCCCGGGCUUUAAGCGCCACGGUGUCUAAGCUCCUGUCGUCGUCCCCAAGGCUGAGACCCCUGGAGAGCUGCGGAGGUGCGAGAGGCGUUGGCCUUGCUGUGGAGACAGAGGAGCCGCAGGGAGUGGUUGAGCUUGAAACGAUCUCUUCCCUGUGUCCCAGCAGCACCGACCCCACCAAGUUCUACCUUGCCACGUCAGCGCGCACGCUCAUCCUUUGUGCUGACUCAGCAACCGACCGCUCCCUCUGGCUGGAGGUUAUCGAGGCUGCUGCAAGGUCUUCACCUUCCAUGUCAGGGGGAUCCGCCACCGCUGCUGGUGUUGAUGCUGCUACUACUACUGUUGCUACCGCUCCUGCUGUGGCUACUGCUGCUGCUGUUUCUCCUGCCUUCUCUGCUCCUACCUCCCCUGCUGCUGCCACUGCUACUGCUCCUAUCUCCCCCUCUGUUGCCUCCCCUGCUCCUAUGCCCCCCGCUCCUGCUGCUGCCACGCCUACUCCUGCUGCUGCUGAUGUCACCAGUCAUACUGAUGAUGUCAUCAACGGUGGCGGUGAUGACGUGGGCAUCGAGUCGACUGCUGUGCACAUUUCCUUCCAACUUAUGAUCGAUUGUUUGAAGGCAGCUGAUGUCAGCAAUGACGUCAUCGUGCGAUGCGAGCAUGUGGUACGGCAACAGUUGGCACGAGGCCUCCUGGGGGAGAGGCGAGCAAAAGAACAGCUUAUAACGAGGAUGCAGCAGCUGGAGGUGGAGAAGGCUAUUCUAGAGUCGGAGUUGAUGCGCAUGCAGUUGCAGAGGCGGAGGGAGGGAAGGAUGGGGGCAUGGAAGGACGAGGAGGAGAUAGAGGAGGAGGGAGAGGGAGAGGGAGAGGGAGAGGAGGAGGACGGAGGAGAGGAAGAGGGAGAGGAAGAGGGAGAUGAGGAGCGUUUCUUUGAGGCAGCAGAGAAGCUUGUAGGAGAGCCGGAGAGACUGGCUGACGUAGGCUUUUCCUACCCGUACGUUCCGCGCCGCACGCAUCUCCCACUACCUGACAAGCAAAACCGCCCAGGAACCCUUGCCGGGGGGCUGUGGGCGGCGCUGCGCGAGUGCGUGGGGCGGGACUUGUCCCGAGUGUGCCUGCCGGUGCAACUGAACGAGCCAAUCGGGUUGCUGCACAAAUGCGCCGAGGAGAUGGAGCACAGCUGGCUACUCGACCGGGCGGCAGAGUACGGCCGGCGGGGCGAUCAGCUAAUGAGGGCCCUCCACGUGGCAGCCUUUGCAAUGUCAGGCUAUGCCAACACCAGCGGUCGCUUGCACAAGCCCUUCAACCCGCUGCUGGGGGAGACUUACGAGGCUGACUACCGGGACAAGGGCUUUAAGCUGCUGGCAGAAAAGGUGCUGAACCACCCUCCCACCGUCGCGGCCCACUGCUGGGGCAGCGGGUGGCAGCUGUUUGGCGACUCCACCCUCAAAGUGCGGUUCUGGGGCCCGUCCCUGCACCUGGUGCCGUCUGGCGUCAUCUCAGAGGCGGCAAUAGGGGAGGCAAAGCAGGGGGAGAAGAGUGGUGGCUGUGAAGAGAGGGGAGAGAGCCAGGAGAGUGUGAAGAGGAGGAGUCGGAAAGAAGGGAGGAGAAGCGGGAGAAGCGGGAGAAGCGAGAGAGGAGGAGGGGAGAGGUACGAUUGGAGCAAGGUGACGACGGGCAUCUACAACAUAAUAGUGGGGAAGCUGCAGGUGGAGCACUUCGGCACGAUGCACAUCAGGGGCAGCCGGGGGCUCUCGGUUCGUUUGCACUUCAAGGAACCCUCGCUCUUCGACAGGAGCAAGCACCAGGUGCAUGGCCAUGUGCAGAACGAGCAGGGUGAGAAGCUAGCGUUCCUGCAUGGGCGAUGGGACCAGCACCUGGGCUUCACUAUAAGCCACCAUUCGAUGCAGUCACACUCUGGUAUUGCAGCAGGAUUGGGUUCAAAGAGCCACGCACAACUAACGCAGCAGCAGCAGCGGCAGGUGCAGGUGCAGGAACAGCAGCAGGCGCAGCAACAGCAGCAGCAGCAGCAGGAGGAGGAGAAAGAGGAAGAGGAGGCACGGGGCGCAAGGGAGGGGAGAAAGCACCUCGGGGAGGUUACUUCUGGGCCUGAUGUGGGUGGCAGUAGCGUGGCUGUGCUGCAUGGUAGGGCUGGUGCUGAGAGGGAUGCGCCUUUCCCACCAGCAACGCACCCUGUGCAGCCACGUGUGCAGCCAGGUGUGCAGCCACAUGUGCACCCAGCGACACGCCUGGCAGCUCAGUCCCUGUGGCACAAGCCGGCAGCAUCGGCUCAUCAUCACCAGCAGCAGCAGCAGCAUGGCAACAAGUAUGGCUUCACGCCCUUUUGUAUCACACUCAACGAGAUCACACCGGAUAUUGCGCCCUUUCUUCCCCCCACCGACUCGCGAUUUCGCCCGGACCAGAGGGCACUGGAGGAGGGGGAUGAGGCGCGGGCGAAUGAGGAGAAGCGGCGGCUGGAAGGGAAACAGAGGAAGGCACGGCAGGUGCAGGCGUCAGGCUGGGAGCCCAGGUGGUUUCAACAGAAGGCAGCUGGCGGCACCUGGACGUACAAGGGUGGCUACUGGGAGAGGCGGGCGGCGAAGGACUGGCAUGACAUUCCAAACAUAUUUGCUGAUGAUGAGAACAUCGGUGGUGGUGCUGGUGGUGAGUUGGUAUUGGAGAACUUGCAAAACGCGACACAGACAGGCGGCUAAGGACUGGCACGGCAUUCCAGACAUAUUUGCUGAUGAGAGCAUCGGUGGUGGUGCUAGUGACGUUGCUACGAUAGCUGGUGGCGGUGCUGCUGCUCCUGCUCUUGCUCCUGCUCCUUCUCCUACUGCCGUUGGUACCAGCUCUAGUUGUGGUGGCUGACAUGCUGUGUGGUUGGUUGUGACGUUGGUGCACCUGCCCCUGCCGCCUCUAUAAGGUGACUCCACAACCGUGCAGUGGGAGGAGCUGUGCAGUAAAUGGUUUUUGGGUUGUUACGGUAUUGCCCAUGGUGAUACAGCCAUGGAAGUUUUUUCCCCGUUUGUUUUUGUCAGUGAGCUGUAUGCAUGGUUUUGCUACUUGUUUCUUUUUCACUCCUACAAAUUAUGUACCGGUAAAACAGUUCUUGAAAGUACGGCAGGAAAGAGGGAUGUAUUAUGGAGAAACUCCUCCUUAGCGAUCUGUGAGUGACCU